AUUAUCAAUUAUAAAGUAGUUAACCAACCUCUCCGAUAAUGGAGAACCAAAGUAUUUCUGGGAAUCCCGGAAAAGAAAAGCAGAACCAGAAUAGAUUCAUAAACCCUUAAGGCAUCAGCUACAGGACGACAUAUCCUUCACAAUAAGGAAAAUGCAGUUAUCACACAAUAAUUUCGAGACAAUCAAUUUCGAGAAGUCUGUGCUAGCUCCGACACUAUCCCUCGAUUUCUUGGCAUAAAAUGGGACACAAAACACAACGUGUAGCAAAAGCUUCAAAGUCACAAGAGGCGCGUCAAUUUAGAGUCACUGAUCAAGUUUACUUGGAUGUUCAUAGCAAAGAUAAGCCCAUAGGUCGAAUCGUUAUUGGACUUUUCGGAGAUUUAGCACCAAAAGCUGUUAAAAAUUUCAAAAUCUUAGCUACGAAAGGAGUAAAGGGAAAAUCAUACACAGGGACAAGAUUUAAUCGCAUUAUAAAACGAUUCAUGAUACAAGGUGGCGACGUUGUCGCUGAUGAUGGUACAGGCUCGAUCAGUAUAUACGGAAACACUUUUGCUGAUGAAAACUUAGACACGCAUCACAGUGGCGCUGGUUUUGUAUCAAUGGCCAAUAAAGGCAAGGAUACGAAUGGUUGCCAAUUUAUAAUAACAACGAAAGGAACUCCAUGGUUGGACGGUUUACACACAGUUAUAGGGAAGGUGGUUGAGGGCCAAAAAGUGGUUCAUAUAGUGGAGCAAACACCCACCGAUGGGGAUGACCGGCCAACAGAACACGUUUACAUUUUCAGCAGUGGGCUGCUUCCAACCCAGCCCUUUUAUAUUUCUGACGAUCCUUACGAUAUAUGGGGUUGGAUAAAAGCUACCGCAGUUCCACUAACGAUGUCUUUUUCUGUUUUGGGAUUCUUUCAAUGGAUGAUUGGUAAAAUGGAGAUUUAAAAAAAACACUGUUGAUUAUGUCAGUAUUUAUUUACUUACCUAUUUAUGUUACUGUAUUAAUGUUAUUUUAUGAAAUGUUGAC